AACAGAGAAGAGAGACAGCCUUCGGUGCAGCAGAGUAGCGUUCAUCUCCACUCGCUCCACCGCUAAUGGCCACGUUUUCUUGUUCAGCUAGGCCUACUAAGCUAUAUGCUGCUCUUCCUCUUCCCCCAGCCAAACAUGGCACUUCUCAUCAUUCUAUAAUGCUCACAUUUCCCUCAUCUUCAAAACCCAAAAACAAUAAUUCUCGCGUAGGCAUAGACUUAUUAUCAAGCUCCAACAACAACCCUGAUGAUUAUUGGGGAUAUUGGAGGACCAACGUUUCCUUCUUUCAAUUUUUUUCAGCCAAAGGUAAAGAUGUAAAGAGCCUUAAACAGCAACUUCUUGAGGCAAUAGCGCCUCUUGAUCGGGGUGCUGUGGCUACCCCUCAGGACCAACAACGCGUUGAUGAGAUUGCUCAGGAACUUGAGGCUGUGAAUGAUAUAAAGGAGCCAUUCAAGUCAAAUCUUCUGAAUGGGAAAUGGGAACUUUUAUAUACAACAUCUCAAUCAAUUCUUAAAACAAAGAGACCAAAGUUAUUGAGACCAAAUGGAAAAAUCUACCAGGCAAUUAAUGUGGAUACUUUAAGGGCUCAAAAUUUGGAAACUUGGCCCUUCUUUAACCAGAAUUGCAGGUCUGGUACGUAUUUUAGCUCCUGGUAUUAUCUUGCAAUGAGUAUGCCCUUAUCAAUCUUCAUGUCAUGUCAUGCAAGGGCAUACUCAAAAUGUUCUCUCAGCACUUCUUUUUCGAUUCUGACAGAGCAUAUCGUUAGCCAUGUAUGAACACAGUUUAAGUUUUUCAAUCCUUAUGAGUGUUUUCCAUGAUCUUGACUGAUAAUGUUAAGACUCUGUAGAUACCUAUCAAAUCACCUGGAAGUGGCCGUGGUCAAUUGGAAAUCACCUACUUGGAUGAGGAGUUGCGGUAAGUGAUGCAAAAGCUUUUCUUCUUCAAGCAUGAUCAUAUAGUGAUCAGAUUUCAGAUCAUUCUUGAACUUAACAAGCAUUGCUGGAAUCUGUUUUGUGCAUGACAGUCCUCAAGAACAUGUUUUUUUCAGUUCCCUUUUCUUUUUCUUGUACCAAGUAUAUAUUGAAUAAGGGUUCAGCAUUGAACAUCUGCCUUAGCUUAUGCAAGUCUUUUCAACAACCUUGUGCUUCUUGUUGAGCUCUAGACGAUGGUCCCUUUGUCUGCAGAAUAUCAAGGGGUGAUAGAGGAAAUUUGUUCAUUCUGAAAAUGGCGGAUCCAUCUUACAGAGUCCCUCUCUAAUGUAAUUGUACUGAACCUUGAUUGUUAAAGCAAAGUUGUAAGAUUGUAUAGUGUUUGCCCUAUAAAGAAGAGAGCUCG